CGACGAUAACGUCACACGACUAUACAAAGUAAAUGUCGUGCUGUUUUUAUUUUUCACUUUAAUUUAUUCCGAUUACCUUAUAAGGUGCGAAAAAAGAAUCUCUUGAGUAAACUGUAAACAGGUAUUUAAAAUUAGGUUACAAAAUUUUUAGUUUAAAUCACGUUUAAACGCCAAAAAAGGGGUGUGAGAAAAAAAUAAUUCAUUACCGUUGAAAAUAAACAAAAUGGAAGCUGCCGUUCAGCAGAAGCUCGCGGAAGUCGCUCAAAAAGUUGAGGAGCAGUUGGAUGCAGAAAUUGAGCGUCUCGAUAAAUUGGACAUCGAUGACAUUGAAAAAUUACGUGAAAGAAGAUUGAAGGAAAUAAAGAAAAUUCAACAUCAAAAGCAACUUUGGAUUUCCAUGGGUCAUGGAGAAUAUUCCGAGCUGUUUGAUGAGAAGGAAUUUUUCGACGUUUCGAAAAAAUCGAAAAACAUUGUUUGUCUAUUUUACAAGGACGGUUCACCACGUUCAAAAAUUGCAGAUAUGCAUUUGAAAAUUCUAGCGAAAAAGCACGUGGAGGCACGAUUUUGUAAACUCAAUGUCGAAAGAUGUCCAUUCUUGACUGAACGAUUGAGAAUAAGAAUAAUUCCAACGAUUGCCCUUGUCGUCGAUAGUAAGGCAAAAGAUUACAUUGUCGGUUUCACUGAUUUGGGUAAUUGCGAUGAUUUCUCAACUGAAAUGAUGGAAUGGCGAAUCGCUCAAUCGCGUUGCAUUACUUAUAGUGGCGAUCUAAUGCAUCCACCAGAGCAGGAGAAAAAGCCAUGGUUAAAUCAACAACAAAAAUCAAAAACAAUUCGUGGCAAGGAAUCUGACGAUUCAGAUGAUGAUGAUUAACAAAAAUUAUCAUUCUUCAAAAUUGAAUAAUUUUCAUGCCACACAAUUUUUUUUUAUCUCCACCACGCUACUCGAUGAAUUGUUGUCUUUGAAAUCUUUAAGGUUGUAUAUUUUUUUUUAAAAAAGAAAAAAGAAACAUUGCACUAUUUAUAAAUUUACAAAUUCGUUGCACGUCGUUAAUAGAAGGAAUUUAUAAUAACAAAGUAAUUAUUUAUUUAAAUUAAAUUUAAAAUGUUAAUUAAUUAAAGU